CAAACCGACUCGCCGGAGGGUUAAACAUGCCUUCACUUGAUGCCGUCGGUGACCCUUUUUUAUGGAUGCGGUAACGUUCGGCAUCAUCGUCGGGAUAAUAAUCCUCUUCUUUAUCAUUGUUUGCUUCAUUACAAUCGAAGGCACCUGCAAACGUCGCCCUUCUUGAAACCCCCCCCCCCCCCUGCCCACUGCACUUCUAAGUUGGAAAACCCCCCAAAAAAACCCGAACAAAUCCUUCCCACAAUUCAAUCCAACGCGCCGAGAUGAUGGUGAUUCAUCAUUGUAAAAAGCAGAUCUAUAGUUUACUGCUAAUCUUGGUUUUGACGGUUGGAUUUAAUUUUGAAGCGAGUUUCGGGCACCAGUGUCAACACUCUAGUGCGCCGGCGGUUCAUGAAUCUCAUGUUCAUCAUCACAACUGUGAUCACUCGCAUGGCCAUCACCAUCACCAUCAUGAUCAUGAUUUGGGGAUGAAAAAGCUGCCGGAAGAACUGGCGGAAGAGGAGGAUCUUAGGUUGGAAUAUGUGUCCCACCACGAUCAUGACCAUGAUCAUUAUCAUGGCGGUGGCUCAGAGCUAACCAGCGUUGGUCUUUGGAUUCAUGCAAUGGGAUGCUCAUUGUUGGUGAGCUUGGCUUCUCUAGUUUGUCUGAUUCUACUGCCAUUGAUAUUCUUUCAAGGAAAACCAUCAAAGGCACUUGUUGAUGCGCUGGCUGUAUUUGGGGCAGGAGCUAUGCUUGGAGAUGCUUUUCUUCAUCAAUUGCCACAUGCCUUUGGUGGCGGACAUUCUCAUUCACAUGAUAACCAUGUGGAUGAUGUUCAUCAGCACAUUGCUUCUGGACAUGAUCAUUCCCACUCUCAUUCCCAUUCUAUUGAAGAUCUUUCAGUUGGAUUAUCCAUUUUGUUUGGAAUUGUUGUUUUUCUCUUUGUGGAAAAGGUUGUGAGGUAUGUUGAAGAUAUGUCAGGAGGAGUUAAUUCUUGGGGUCAUGGUCAUCAUCACCACCACAAGAGUGAAUCAUUGAAGGAUAGCAAAGGUGAUGAUGACAACAGUGAGGAAGAUGGAAGCACAUCCGAAACUUCUGAAAAAAUAGCAGAGAUAGCAUCUGGUGAAUCUCUAAAAUCAGAAAAACAAAGUGAAUCUUCUCAUCUCCGCAAGAGAAACACUAGUACUAAUGUGGUUGCAGACAAGAUUGAUUCAGGUGCUGAAAAUGGACCCAAAAGUAAUAUAAAGUCCUCGAUUGAGAAGGAACCUGCACAGUCAUCGACUCUCGUGUUUGGUUAUCUGAAUCUGUUCUCAGAUGGUGUUCAUAAUUUCACUGAUGGCAUGGCUUUAGGAAGUGCUUUCCUCCUAUACGGGUCUGUUGGUGGGUGGUCAAGAACACUUUUUCUACUUGCACAUGAGCUUCCUCAAGAGAUAGGUGAUUUUGGAAUCUUGGUGAGAUCUGGUUUCAGUGUAUUCAAAGCUCUCUUCUUCAACUUCCUCUCCGCAUUGGUGGCACUAGCAGGAACUGCAUUGGCGUUGUUGUGGGGUCAAGAUCCAGGGCAAUCAUCUUUAAUUGAGGGAUUUACAGCAGGUGGGUUUAUAUACAUAGCAGUGGGGGUGAUGGCGGAAAUGAACAAUGGCAGCAGUUCAUUGAAAAAUACUGCAAUACAAUUAAGCUGUUUGGUACUGGGUAUGUCUGUUGCUCUCUUUAUAUCGCUUGUCGAGUGAACCAUUUUUCGUUCAGUUUUGAUGUAAGCUAGAGAGGAUUAGGAGGUAAGUGUACAACUUCGUUUUCAAACUUGGUCAAAAAUAUAUCCCAUAGUUGUCGAUUCUUGAUCCAACAAUUGGUCUUUUUGACAAUGUAGUUCUCAAUGUUCUAUUUAUAGCAUUUAUAGGAAAUCUGGAUAUUAUUUUCUG